UAAUUCGUCUACAAUUCGUCUUCCCGUUGCCCUCCCGGCCUGGCGGGUGCACGCUGCCCGCAUGGCCACUGGCUCCGCCGCAAAGAGGCACCGCGCGCACGACGCGAUCACGAUCGGCGAUGAGAUGAAGCGGUACGAGGAGGAGGCGUGCUCGUCGAUCGUCGAUUUGCAGCGGCCAUGUGUGGUGCGGCUCGACGGCCACUGCUUCCACACAUACACAAAGGGCUUCCGCCGCCCGUAUGACCUGCGCAUCCACGAGGCGAUGGUUGCCACCGCGACCGACCUGCUCGAGCGCUUCGGCGCGGUCACCGCAUACACCGAGUCUGACGAGAUCUCCCUCCUCUUUCCGCCUUCGACCGCCGAGUCGCCCUCGCUGCCCUUCAGCGGGCGGGUGCAGAAGAUCGUCUCUGUGAGCGCGGGCUUCGCCUCGGCCCGCUUCAACCUGCACAUGGCGAGCCAGCCCUUCGACGGCGAGGGAGAGGCGCCGCUCGCCGCGCGGGUCGCGCGGAGCGACGCGCACUUUGACUCGCGCGUCUUCAGCUUGCCGGACGAGGCCAGGCUGGUCGAGUACAUGCGGUGGCGCGCCCUGCUCGACUGCAGGCGCAACUCCAUCUCGAUGCUCGCGCAGGCGCACUUUCCGCCCGCGCGGCUGCACAAGCUCGACGCCCAGGCCGCGCUGCGCCUGCUCAAGGAGGAGAAGGGCGUCGACUGGGCGCGCGAGCCCGCCUUCUUCCGCUUCGGCACGUACGUCAAGAAGGAGCAGUUCACCAAGGAGGCCUUCAACCCGAUCACGCGCGCCAAGGUGACCGCCGUGCGCACGCGCUGCGCCGCCCGCUCUUUCGAGUUUCAG